AAGCCAUUGGCUGUUAUAUACCUGUCAGGUUCGGCCGCAUGUCUUGCUAUGGAGUAUGCAUGAUCCUCAAACCUUCCUUUCAUUCAAAUUUAACUCAAAUUUUAUUUAUUUAUUUAAAUUCACGAUGAGUCAAAAAUAAAAUUAGAAUAAGGUGUAAAAUUGUGGGCGAAAAAGGCGAGAUGGAAGUUAUCAAAAACGUCCAAGAUAUUCUGGACCUGCCUGAAAACUACCCACUGGACUUCCUCAGAGGGGAAAAGAGCCAGGAAGCGAGGAUAAAGAGUGUAAUUGAGUCGUUGUACAAUGAAUUGAUCCAAGGGAGCGAUGAAUAUGACAAACUCCUUGUUGAAGGAUUCAUGAACGAGCAGAUAUGGCAGCAGUUGGACCGUGUCAAUGUCGAGAUGGAUGGACUUGUCCCGACUCUUGCCAGGUGCGUUUUGCACAAGGGCCGGCUUAGGUACCCGGUCGAGACAGUUGAUCCAACAAGGCAGGAAAACAAAGAUGUGCUGGAAGACAAUGAUGAGGUGGAAGACGUGGAAGAGCAGGAACACAAGCCAGUGCGGAAGAAGGUCACAUUUCAAAAUGAAGAGCCAGCUGAAGAGAAAAAAGAUAGGUUUUUCAGCCUGAGUGACAUGGAAAAAUUUGUUGAAAUGGAAGAGAAUGGCGAGGAUAAUGAUGACGAUGAUGAGGUCGACAUGUUCCAAGACAUACCUUCUGACGAAUCAGACACCGAGCAGGCCAAAUACGAUGACUUCUUCGGAAGCCCCAAAGAGGAUUCGAAUCAGGAUGAUGGGUACGAGGAGUCGAGUGGAAGUGAAGGCGAGCCAUCAGAGCCAGAUGACGAGCCCGAAAGCUUGACGCCGAAGUUCCAGUCGAGCUUCGAGCGGCGCCAGGAGAACCUGGACAGGCGAAUACGCAAGCUCGAGGAUGCAGCCCUGUCAGAAAAGCCUUGGGUCCUAAAAGGCGAGGUAGACUCGUCAAGCCGUCCUGUUAAUUCUUUACUCGAGGAGGUUGUAGAGUUCGACAUGACACAACGGCCUGCUCCUGUCAUUACCGAGGAGGUGACAAUGAAGCUUGAAGAUAUCAUAAUUAAGAGGAUUCGUGACGAGACGUACGACGACGUUGAGAGGAAGGUUAAGCCUAUUAAGACACCCAACGAUUUGAAGAAAAAGAUCGUCCUUGAUCAGGAAAAGAGCAAACUGUCCUUGGCGCAGAUAUAUGAAAAUGAGUUUCUCAAGCAGAAGACGAAGGAAACGAAUGAUGUCAAGACUGAGGAAGAGCUGUCUGAGGAAAAGAAAAAGAUCGCAGCACAUAUGAAGAAACUCUUUUAUCAGCUCGACACACUCUCGAAUCUACACUACACGCCCAAAUUGGGAAACACAGAAUUAAAAAUAAUAACGAACACACCCGCCAUCAACAUGGAGGAGGUAGCACCGAUCGGGAUGGCAGACGCCAACAGCCUUGCGCCAGAUGAAGUAGCAGGGAAGUUCAAGAGGGACUUGAUCGGCAAGGAGGAGAAGACAAAGACGGACAAGAAGAGGGAAAAGAGGAAGAAGAAGGCACUCCAGGCUAAGAAGGCCAAGUGGAACCGGGAGAAGUCUGGGAACGGUAUCAAGCUCACGAAGGCCAACACCUUGGAGAAAGACGAGUCGGGCAAGACUGUUAAAUCGUCGACAGCGUUCUUCAACAGACUACAGGACGAAGUGGAAAAGCAAAUAAGGAAGAAGAGGCAGCCCGAGAAAGUAGACAAGCCCAAGUUCGACACCAAAAGGCUCAAGCUUUAAAUGGAGUGCACCUGGCGGGAAUUUGUGUAUUAUUCUACACUAUAUAUUUUAAUUUUUGUUUAUUGUUUAAUAUUGUAAAUAAAUUGUUUUAUUCCAG